UGGAAGAGAAGCCGACCUAUUACAUUCUGAUGCCGGGAGAAAAGUCCACGAGCUUCCAACAGUUCGUUAGUGGUCUUGCUGAUGAUAUCAUGUCAGACCAACUUCCAGAAGGUCAAACGCCGGUUGUUGGAAUGGACCCACCGGCCAUGUUCAUUCCCUCGGCCCAACGGGUUCUCUUCCGUGUGAUCAAUAUGGUCAUCGACAUGAUCGACGUCGGAUUCUGCCCCAAGAAGCUUCACGAAGAUAACAUAGUAAUCACCGAGUACUUUGAGAUUGCAAAGCUGCUGAUGGACAAUCUGGAGCCGAGCUCGGAUGAAGCCGUAGAAAGAUGUGUCAAAGCUCUAGGUGAGAUGUUAGACAGGGUAGUUACUGAGGCAAGCAAGAUUUACAUGGGCAACAAGCGUGCGAAUCCCGAGUUCAGGUGUCUGCUUGGGGUGCUGGAGAAUUACGAGCGUGGUGAUGACCUUUACUUGGCGAGAUUUCCAGCAUGCUUUUGUCCACUGGCCAACCGGACCAGCCUGUAUGUGAGUAUGUAUGAUUUUAUCAUCAGUAUCCUCAAGUUCGCUGACCAACAAGCAUACAGCCAUGUGGUGGCCGAGCUAGAUUGCCCACCGGGCUGGCCUGACGCACUGCAAAAUAACACCCAGGUGGCCAAGGCCUACAAGAGGGGCUACUAUGAUCCCACUGCCAAGGAUAAGAGGACGGACCCUCGUCUCGAUCCGCUCCGUGCCCCCCGCAACGGUCAUGCGCAUCCUUACGACGACACCUUCGACCCUAACGCGUAUCAUGGCAUGACAGUAACCAGGGAACAAAUUGCACACGCCUUCUACUACGCGUCGCCGUGGCUUACUUGUCAAAUGCAAGUAAGCUUGCACUACCUGGGAGAGCUCCGCCACCUCAAGACAGAGUUACUCUUCGCCCACGGGAUCGAGCAGAAGGCAUGCACUAGGAAGAAAUAGAUGCAGAUACCUCGUUCACAAAAACUAGAUUAGGCC